GAUUAUAUGCGUCAAGCAGGAGAAGUAACCUAUGCAGAUGCUCAUAAGGGACGCAAAAAUGAAGGAGUGAUCGAAUUUUUAUCUUAUUCUGAUAUGAAAAGAGCUUUAGAAAAGUUAGACGGAACUGAAGUGAAUGGCAGAAAAAUCCGGUUGGUUGAAGACAAGCCAGGUUCUAGGCGACGCCGGUCCUAUUCCAGAAGUCGAAGUCAUUCAAGAUCUCGCUCUCGAAGCAGACAUUCCCGUAAGAGCAGAAGCCGAAGUGGCAGCAGCAAAAGCAGUCAUUCUAAGAGCAGAUCUCGAUCCAGGUCACGGUCCCACUCCCAGAGCAAGAGCCGUAGCCGUAGCAAGAGCCGCAGCCGCGGCAAGAAGGAAAAAAGCAGGAGUCCCAGCAAGGAUGAUAAGAGCCGCAGUCGCAGCCGCAGCGCUGACAAAAGCCGUAGUAAGAGUAAAGACCAAACUGAAGAGAAGAUCCAGAACAAUGACAGCGUUGGGAAGUCCAAGAGUCAGAGCCCCAGUAGGCAUAAAAGUAAGAGUAAAAGUAGGAGCAGGAGCCAAGAGAGGAGAGGGGAGGAGGAAAAGCGAGGGAGUGGGAGCAGAAGUAGAAGCAAAGAGAAGAGCAGGAGCCAGGAGAAGAACCUCAAGAGCAGGAGCCGGAGCCGGAGCAAAGGAGGCAGCCGGAGCCGGAGUCGCAGCAAAAGCAAGGACAAGAGGAAGGCAAGGAAGAGAAGCCGGGACGAGA